AGAGAGAUAGACAAUGGAUUAGAUAAGUGGAAUGUGGAAUGCAAUCUGAGCUUUAAAUCAAGAAUUCAUUGUCAUCGCUGUCGUGUUACUUCUGAAUUAUGUCUGAUUCAUCAGAAGAUGAAGACUUGUCUCGUUUUAAAGAAGCUGUAGACACUUCUUUUACCAAACUUAUUGAUCAAUCAAGAGGAAAGACGCAAACUGAAUCGAAAAGUAACGCAAAUAUAAAACAUAAAUCUGAGCGAUAUUUGGAAGAAGCUAGCCAUUACAAUGAUGUCAAAGUGCCUGAGGAAAUGCAGAAAAAGAUUGGCGCUAAAAUAUCCGCUAUUAUCAACAAAAAAGUGGAGUUUGUUAAUAUUGAACAAAAUGGAAUAAAAAAAAGAAAAAUAAAGGGCGGUGUUAAACUCUUCAAGGAUUCAGUAAACUUCUUAUCAUGCGAAGAAAUCCCAGAUACAUAUACUGAAGUGCAUAAUGCAAAAGCAAAAAAGAUUGAAAGGAACAAGCAAAAAGUUGAUGAUGUACAUUUAGAUGAUAGUGAUAAAAUUAACUCUGUUGUGUUGACUGGUGAGUAUGUUUUGUCAAAAGAAGAAACAAAAUAUUGGAAAUCAAGAAGAAAAGAGAAGCUAUACAAAUAUAAAAAACAGGGGAAGAGCAAAGUUUUAACAUCUAUAGAUGAAUAGAAAAGAAUAAAAGUAAUAAAAAACCCA